AUGUCACUCCUCCGAACCGGGCUUGCGUCGAUGCUCUUACCACGAAGAGCACCGCUUCGACAUUGGAUAUCUAGUAUUGCCCUUCGACGACAUCGCUCCUCGGCAGCUGCUCCUGUCACGGGCAUCGCAACUCCUGCGCCAGAGGCUUCCCUUCAGUCAAAUGCAAAGUCCCCGUUUUACUUCGAUACAGGCUAUGCUCUCUUUGCUAAGCGACCAUCACGCCCUUUCCCGCCGCCUUUCAGUUCUCCUCCAUCAGGCUCCUUCUCUGAUGCGUUGAGUACACACAACAGGAGUCGAGACAGACGGCCAUAUGUAAACGGGGAAAUGAUCAGAGGCAUCACCAAUGGGGAUGAUGCUGUAUUGGUCAAUGAGCACUUCAUAGGGGCGAAUGAUGGCGUCGGCGCAUGGGCAUCUCGCGAGAAAGGCCAUGCUGCGCUGUGGUCGCGGCUGAUCCUUCAUUUCUGGGCACUCGAAGUUGAGCGAUGCACCUCCAGGCCGAGCGCUGGGCCACAUGCCGCAGAUCCCGAUCCCGUGAAUUACCUUCAAAGAGCCUACGAACAAACGCUCGCCGCAACAUCUGCUCCAAAUGAAUGGAAUGGCACGACUACGGCCUGUGCGGCAUUGAUCCACCACGAACUGAAAGGUGGCGUUGAUACCCCCGUGCUAUACGUGACGAAUCUUGGCGACUCGCAAUGCCUUGUACUACGUCCAAAAGAUGGCAAAGACGGAGAUAUCAUCUUUAAGACCAUCGAGCAAUGGCACUGGUUCGACUGCCCUCGUCAACUGGGAACAAAUAGCCCAGACACACCGAAAGCAAACGCUGCACUUGACAAAGUGGAGAUUGAGGAAGGCGAUGUCGUCCUUGCAAUGUCUGAUGGCGUGGCCGAUAACCUCUGGCAACAUGAGAUCUUAGAAAAUGUAAUUGAUAGCAUGAAGCAAUGGGACUUGAACCAAUCCAACAUAGGCAAAACUGAAUGUAUUAGUGGAGCUGAAGGCGGUAUGCUGUUCGUCGCCAAAGAGCUUGUCAAAGCUACACGAAAGAUUGCCGAAGAUCCUUAUGCGGAGAGUCCGUUCAUGGAACGAGCAGUCGAAGAAGGCCUGGCGAUGGAAGGAGGCAAGCUCGAUGACAUUAGUGUCGUCGCAGCCGUUUGCCGUAAAAGAGGCAAUGGAUAA